UUUCUACCGGAGGGUGGAAACUCGUAGCUUCCCAAGGCCACCCAGUGAAUGGAGGGCAGAGAGGGGAUGCUCCAUUUGAAGGGCUCCGCCUCCUCCCUGACUCCCACCUCCCCUGCUUCAGCCUGGCCCAGUCGUUAUGGGCCCUCUUCACCUCCACCUUGGCCAUCUCCCUGGUGUUUACCGUCAUCCCCUUCUGCCGCGACGUGAAAGUGCUGGCUUUGGUCAUGGCGCUGGCAGGCCUGGCCAUGGGCUGCAUCGACACCGUGGCCAACAUGCAGCUGGUGAGGAUGUACCAGAAGGACUCGGCCGUCUUCCUCCAGGUGCUCCAUUUCUUUGUGGGCUUUGGAGCUCUGCUGAGCCCCCUCAUCGCCGAUCCCUUCCUGUCUGAGGCCAACUGCUGGCCUGCCAACAGCACAGCCAACGGCACUUCCCGAAGCCACCUGUUCCAUGCCUCCAGGGUGCUGGGCCCGCACCACACUGAGUCCAAGCUUUGGUCCAACCAGACGCUUUCUGGGAUGCCUCCGAAGGAUGGGGCGGGGACGCGAGUAUCCUAUGCCUUCUGGAUCAUGGCCCUCAUCAAUCUUCCAGUGCCCAUGGCUGUGCUGUUUCUGCUGUCCAAGGAGCGACUGCUAACCUGCUGCCCCCAGAGGACGCCCCUGCUCUUGUCUGCAGAUGAGCUUGCUCUGGAGACACAGCCUCCCGAGAAGGAAGAUGCCUCCUCACUGCCCCCAAAGUUUCAGCCACACCCAGGGCAUGAGGACCUGUUUAGCUGCUGUCAAAGGAGGAAUUGCAAAGGAGCCCCUUAUUCCUUCUUCGCCAUCCACAUCACAGCCGCCCUGGUCCUGUUCAUGACGGAUGGGUUGACGGGGGCAUAUUCUGCCUUUGUGUACAGCUAUGCAGUGGAGAAACCUCUGUCUGUCGGACACAAGGUGGCCGGGUACCUCCCUAGCCUCUUCUGGGGCUUCAUCACCCUGGGCCGGCUCAUCUCCAUUCCUAUCUCCUCAAGAGUGAAGCCAGCCACUAUGGUGUCCAUCAAUGUGGUCGGCGUGGUGAUGACAUUCCUGGUGCUGCUUAUUUUCUCCUACAAUGUCGUCUUCCUGUUCGUGGGGACUGCGAGUCUGGGCCUGUUCCUUAGUAGCACCUUCCCCAGCAUGUUAGCCUACACCGAGGACACGCUCCAGUACAAAGGCUGUGCAACCACAGUGCUGGUGACGGGGGCAGGAAUUGGCGAGAUGGUCCUGCAGAUGCUGGUUGGUUCGAUAUUCCAGGCCCAGGGCAGCUAUAGUUUCCUGGUCUGUGGCGUGAUCUUUGGCUGCUUGGCUUUUACCUUCUACAUCUUGCUCCUGUUUUUCCACAGGAUGCACCCUGGACUCCCAUCAGCUCCUGCCCAAGAAAGAACACUUGGAAUGGAAAACUCUGAGCGCUAUCAGAGGUAAAACUGGAUGAAGGAGGCCAGCGAAGACUUUCAGCCUCUUAAUCACCAGCAUGACCAAACUGUUUAAGAAAGCUGAGGUGGCGAUGGAGGCCAUCUCUCAAUGACUUUAUUCAAAUCUUCUCCACUAAUGCUGGGUUUGGUAGAAGAAAUCAAAUUGAGUCCUGGUACCUGGGUCAAAAUCAUUAGAUGUCUACCUGGCUCAAGUUACCUUUUCCCCUGGGUCAGGCUUCUGGUAAGAGCCAUCCAGGAUACCCAGAUGGGAAGGAAGAAGAAAUCCACACGCUUCACUCCAUCUGUCAUCUCAUGCAUGGACCGACCAUACCCUGGGUUUCAGAUCACUCUUAGUUCAAGUUUUAAAAAAUAGGUUGCAAAUGCAAAGCUCGAUGAUCAUUGCUACAUGUAGAUAUAUUUUAAAUUAAGCAAAACAAACCCCAAGUUAUUCCCUGGCAUGCUCAAAGGACUUGUAUGCUUUUCACUUAUUAGUCCAAAGUCCCUCAAAUUCCUGCUGCAGACACUGAUCAUUUAUCUAUAUUCUAAAAUAUCAAAAGGAAAAGUUGAGUCUUGCUAUCUUUGGGACACUCAUUUGGUGGCAUGCUGGGCUGGCUCCCACCAGCUUAGAAGAGCUGUUAAAUUUUCAUUUCGAAAGCUGUUCAUUAUUUGUCCAGAGCAAAUUCUAUAGUCAUGCCAAGAGAGAAUGCAAACUCACUGGUUUGGACAGGGAGCAGGUCCAGAGACUGCUGGUGGUAGGGAUGGCUGUUACAGUGACUGUAUAAUGGUUUGCCUGUACUUUCUCUAUGUAUAUACAAAUGUACAUGUACAAAUAGAAAAAUUAAGAGGAUCAGGGUUCUUGGCAACAUGUCCCAAGUGCUGUGGUUCACACGCCUGAAACUCAAAGGUGUUCCUGGAUCUGUAGACAUUGCCAAGUUCGUCAGCUCUGACCAGCUGCAAGAGGGCCCAGUGAGAACAGCCCAGUGGAGAAAGAAUCCUGCUUCAGGCACUGGCUCACCUUCUAGCUGUAUGGCCCUGGGCAGGUGACUGAGGCUCUUCCAGCCUCACCUUUUUACCUGUAAAGUGGCAUUUCUAAAAGUACCUACCCUACCUCAAAGGAAUUCUGAGAGACUUGCGUGAACUUGUAUAAAGCACUUGCUAUAUGCCUGACAUAGAAAUUGCUUAAUAAAUGUUAGCAAUUUUUAUUUUUAAAACCUCACGCGCAGCUUUGAAAUUGUUCAUAUGUUUGGUACAUAUUUAUCAUAAGUCAAACAGAUCCAACUUCUUUUGAAAGCUGGUGGUCUAGGAGUAUAGUUUUAACUAUGUUUGUAAAGACUUAAAAAUAUUAGAUGCCAGACAAACGUAAAGGUGCAGUCUAACUACUGUAGUGAAUAACUGACUUGGGCAAAGAGAAAGCAGUUGUACUUUUCUCAUGGUUUUUCAAGAAAUUCUUUUUAUACAGAUUUAGAAAGAAGAAUCAAUGGCUAUAUCUAAGUUGAUCAUGACUGAUUUGUUAACAUAGAAAAUAAGAUUAAAACAAAUCUAAGAGUAACUUUCCUAAAAUAAAAUAUUUUAAACUUAAUAAAUGUAUUAUCCAUUGUA